UGUACUACUGUGAUUACAUGUAUUAUACGGAUCUGUCUUGACUAAAUGAUCCCAACGAAAACAAUCUAAGAAAAUUAAUCGUAUAGUGAUUUAAAAGCAAUUAUUGAUGUAUUUAUAUAGGGAUAUCCUAUUAUUAUAAAAAAAGUAUCUUAUAAUGUUAAAGCGUUUGUAUAUAUCGAUAAUAGCAGUGUAUUGAACUUUGAAGCUUCGAGCGCGUUAUGCACACUCGGUAAUAAAUGUGAUUAUCGUGUAACUCGUAAUCAUGAAACGUCCAAUUUAUAUUUCGAAUCUUGAGCUUCGCAUUUAUAACGGUUUCGUGUACUUCAUUGGACUAGUCAUAUAACGAUUUCUUUUGACAAAUAACAUUUGUAAAUCGUUCAUUUGUAUAAAUUUUUCAAAGUGGCUCAUGUUGCGAGCGUUCACAGUUGGGGCGAAAUUGGUUUAAAAGCAGAACUCACAAUGGUGAUACGAUCGGAUGGUGGUAGUAGCGAAAGUCCAUUGCUCGUGGAAGAAGGAGAAACUCUUGGCCCCCCUCAUAGUCCACGUAAUAAACAUCCUCAUAACCGAUCACAUGUGAAUCCUCAUGAAUGUCAUAGUCAUCGCCAUGAUAAACCAAAGCAACUAGUAAAAUAUGGAGAAUUAGUUAUUCUUGGAUACAAUGGAUAUCUUCCACCUGGUGAUCGUGGUAGGAGGAGAAGUAAAUUCAUUUUAUUUAAAAGACCAAUACCAAAUGGUGUUAAACGUAGUAAACAUUACAUUGUUAAAACUCCUCACAGUUCACAAGCCAUUCUUAAUACAAAACAGCAUUCAAUUUCAUAUACACUUUCCAGAACUCAAGCUGUUAUAGUUGAAUAUACAGAAGAUGAAGAAACAGAUAUGUUUCAAAUUGGUCGUUCAUCUGAGUCACCAAUCGAUUUUGUUGUAAUGGAUACAUGUCCUGGUGGUAGUGAAUGUGGAACUGCAAAUGAAGGCCGGGUUGCUCAGAGUACAAUUAGUAGGUUUGCCUGUAGAAUUCUUGCCGAUCGAUCUAAUCCUAGAAUUGCUAGAAUUUAUGCUGCUGGUUUUGAUAGUUCUAGAAAUAUCUUUUUAGGGGAGAAAGCAACAAAAUGGCAAGAAAAUAGAGAAAUUGAUGGUUUGACAACUAAUGGUGUUUUGAUAAUGCAUCCACGAGGACAAUUUUGUAGUGGAGAAGCUCAAUGUGGAUUUUGGCGAGAAGUUAGUGUUGGAGGUGGAGUAUUUUCUCUUAGAGAAAGCAGAAGUGCUCAACAAAAGGGAAAUUAUGUAGAAGAUGAAAAUAACAUUUUACAAGAUGGUACUCUUAUUGACUUAUGUGGAGCUACAUUACUUUGGAGAUCGGCAGAAGGUCUUGCAAAAUCACCAACAAAACAUGAUUUAGAAGAAUUAGUUGAUGCUAUAAAUGCUGGCCGGCCGCAAUGUCCUGUUGGCUUAAAUACUCUAGUUAUUCCGCGUAAGGCUGCAUCAGAUACAGCUCAACAGCAACCAUAUGUUUAUUUAAAAUGUGGUCAUGUACAAGGUCAUCAUGAUUGGGGACAGGAGGAAGAUAAAGUAACAAGAAAGUGUCCAAUGUGCUUGGUCGCUGGAUCAGUAGUGAAACUUACAAUGGGAAUUGAACCUGCCUUUUAUGUUGACAGAGGCCCACCUACUUAUGCAUUUAGACCUUGUGGACAUAUGGCUACAGAAAAAACUGUGAAAUACUGGGAACAGGUGGCAAUACCACACGGUACAAAUGGUUACAUCGCGAUCUGUCCCUUCUGUGCAGUUCCUCUUGAAGGUUCACCUGGUUAUAUAAAACUCAUUUUUCAAGACAAUGUAGAUUGAAAAUACUUCCUAUAAUUUCAAGAAAAGUAAUCUAUAGAAAUAAUUUAUACUACUUAAAAACUACAAGGCUUAUGAAAAUCAACAAUCUUUAAAUAAUUUAAAUAUUUGAUUUCGUUGAAAAUUUUUUUUCUCUAAUAAAUCUACAUGAAAUCUACAUGCAGUUGUAUAAUAUACUUUUCUUGUUAUUAUGUACAUGGAAGUUGUAUAAUUUUUAAUUGUAUAAUAUAUAAAGAUGAAUGUAGAAGAGAAAAAGUUCAAACAAUAUCGAAUUAGAAUUCACGAAUUAUGUUUAUUAUUAUAGUAUGUAAUAGUUUAUACUCAGACGUAAUUUAUUAUUAAAUUAAUAAUUAUUUCAUUAUUGGAUAUUUAAUUAUGGCAUUCCUUUUUUCACCAAAAAUGAUAAAUGAAUAGAGAAAAAAGUACUCUUACUAUUAUAUCCAAAAUAUUUAAAUUUAUAAAAAAUAUAAUUUAAUGAAGUUACGUUAAUAGUACUUUGCUUUAAUGUAGGUGGAAUAUUACAAGAGGGAAACACAAUGUUUAUGUCGAUCUCUUUUAGCUCAUUUAGAUAAAUUUAAGAAUGCCAUGAAAGUAUAAAAAAUGAAAAAGUUGUAAAAGGUACGAGGUCCUUACCAAAAAAAAAAAAAAAAUGUAAUUAUUUGCUGACUGAAUGUUACUUAUCUUAUAUAUCAUAUUUAUCUUCGAUUAAAGAGUAAUUUUUUAUCAACUAUAAA